UCGGUGCGCUGCCUCGCGUCGCGAUUGGCUGAGAGCUUCGUCACUCAACCACUGCGAGGGCCGCACUUCCGCCUUGGUGUCAGCGGUGCGGGUUGUGCCGUGUCGGGGCCGUCGUUGGACGCGGGGUCAGAGCUACUGAGGGGGACAGUGAGCGACAUGAGGAGGAUAGACGGAGAAAAGGCUCCUGUUUAAAUAACAUGCCACCAGGAGUGCUGCGUGGUGAGAAAGGUGCUCACCAGGAGGGAGAUUCUGGUAGCAGAUCCAAACCAUAGUGCAAUAAAGACAGCUAGGAACAAACUGAGCUCCAUCCCUUCAGAGCCGGUGCAGAUCAUCUAAAGUGGCUGGGUAUUUGCAAAAGAAGACUUCAGAAGCAUACAGACACUUAAGCUCUACAUCAAGUUGAACGAUGCAUUAGAGGAAGCUGAGCUGGCUGUACAGAGAUUUCACGCUGAAGGAUGAAUAGUGAAGAAGAGUUCUAUGAUGCCGUUACGGGCUUUGAUUCCGACAAUUCUUCAGGAGAGUUUUCAGAAGCAAAUCAUAAAGUUAAAGAAAUGCUUGAUCUAGAUCCUCACCAAAGCAGUAGGACCAGAAAGCACAAUGGAGAGACAGAAAUUCAAGAAAAUGGAAUUAAGAGACACAGGACAUCAUUACCUGCCCCAAUGUUUUCUAGAAGUGAUUUUAGUGUGUGGAGCAUAUUAAAAAAAUGCAUUGGACUGGAGUUGUCUAAGAUUACAAUGCCCAUUGUCUUCAACGAGCCAUUGAGUUUCCUUCAACGGAUAACUGAAUAUAUGGAACACAUAUACCUCAUUAAUAAGGCUUGUAGUCAUUCAGACCCCUUGGAAAGAAUGCAGGCUGUAGCUGCGUUUGCAGUUUCUGCUGUAGCUUCUCAGUGGGAGAGAACUGGCAAACCAUUUAACCCACUGUUAGGAGAAACCUAUGAAUUAACAAGGGAGGAUUUAGGAUUUAGGUUUAUAUCUGAGCAAGUCAGCCACCACCCACCUAUUAGUGCAUUUUAUUCUGAAGGCCUCAAUAACGACUUUAUUUUUCACGGAUCAAUCUACCCCAAAUUAAAAUUCUGGGGAAAGAGUAUAGAAGCGGAGCCACGGGGAACAAUUACUUUGGAACUUCUAAAACAUAACGAAGCUUACACAUGGACAAAUCCAACCUGUUGUGUACAUAAUGUAAUUAUCGGUAAACUGUGGCUAGAGCAAUAUGGAACAGUAGAAAUUGUGAAUCACAGUACUGGAGAUAAAUGUGUCCUUAAUUUUAAACCGUGUGGACUGUUUGGAAAAGAGCUUCACAGAGUAGAGGGAUACAUCCAGGAUAAAAACAGAAAGAAGCUGUGUGUCAUCUAUGGCAAGUGGACAGAAUGCUUGUGGUGCACUGAUCCCACUACGUAUGAGACUUACAAAAAGAAUGAGAAGAGAGGUGGUGAACAAAAGAAACUGAAGUCGAGUGAAGAUGUUAUAAAAUCAGAAAACGAUGAGGCUGACGAUAUGCCAGAAGUUCAAGACACCGUGCAGUUUAUACCAGGCAGUAAAUUGCUUUGGAGAAUAAAUUGUAGGCCACCCAACUCAUCUCAGAUGUACAAUUUCACCAGUUUUGCUGUGAGUCUCAAUGAGCUGGAGAAGGGCAUGGAGGCAAUAUUAGCUCCCACUGACUGUCGGCUACGUCCAGAUAUCAGAAACAUGGAAAAUGGAAACAUGGAUGUGGCUAGUAAAGAAAAAGAGAGACUAGAAGAGAAACAAAGAGCUGCUCGCAAGGAGCGUGCGAAGGAUGAAGUGGAGUGGCAGACACGGUGGUUUCAUCAAGGCACAAACCCAUACACUGGGACUUCAGAUUGGCUGUACUCAGGUGGCUAUUUUGAUAGAAAUUUCUCAGACUGUCCGGACAUAUAUUGAAAUAACAGAACCAAUAGCUCAUCUCAUCUGGACAUUUAGUUAUUAGAUUACAUUGUACGCCAGUUAGUCUGGUUUUGUGAAUAACAAAACUCAGCUUUUCUAAGUAAAUCAUAACAAAACAUCAAUCGUUCAACAAUCAAGGAUUUAAUGAUCACUAAUGUUGGAUUGCCAAAUAUUUAAACACUGUUGCAUUCUUUUCAUAAAGCUACAUCUGAAAUGAUCAUAUUUUCACUAAUUUUUAAAGGGACCUUUGGAUCUCCAUUACUUUUUUUUUCCCUAGUUUUUGUCAGGAAGGUAUGCUGUAUCUGGUAGAGCUCAUAACAUCCUUGAGAACUAUAUAACUAUAAGAAAAUAGAGAUAAUAUCAUCUUUAGAGUAGUGAGGAAUCUAAGUUUUUGGAACUUGGAGCAAGGAUGAAAAGUUCAUAUGGUACGAACAUGAUAAAAUCUAGUACUGUGGAUAUUUCCCAUGGAGAGAUGCAUGUGAAACUCUCAUACAGUAUGUAGCACUAUGUGGGGAUUGGAGCUCCUGGCUCCUCUCUCUCAAUAUGACUCAAUAAUUCAAAGACGUUGAGAAACAACAACAACAAAAAAACAACUUUAGCUUCUCAAGCUGUAGUCGUCUGUUACAAAGUCUUCACAAUUUCUGGUCACUGUGAGCAUUCAACUAUAUACCUGUGAUAAAAGUACAUAAAACAUAUGUUAAGGUGCAUUAAAUGACGUGCGCUUUUUCUGAAGUCAGAUGCUGUUCUUGAAGUAUGAAAAACUUCAGAAGCAAUUGCAGGAAUGCAGAGGUGGUUACAAUGUAAAAUAUAUUGCUUGCUACCACUUGGAGGCUUAGAUCUUCUGCACUACUUUUGGCAGCUUUGGCACUAAAUACGCUUCUAGACUAAACUUUUAUUUGGAAGCACUUGGUAUGUUAUAUCCACACAGAGCUCAUGUUUCUGGGAUGGUUUUGUUUGCAUGUUUUUCAUCAUUAGGUCAUGUCUGCUUUGUAUGUUGUGAAAGAGCAGAAUUAAUUCCAAGCUGUGGCAUAGUUACCUAUUACAUGUUUUCUGUGAGCAUGUGAUGUCAUAAAAGUGGAAUUUCUUUUUGUUCCAUAUUGAAACAUCAAAGCCAUAUAGUGGAGAUAAUUGAACUGCAGAUCAAUUACUGAACUGAUAAUUUCCUGUCAAAGUGAUGCACUUCUGAUGGGGAGAGAGGGAAGGGAAUCUUGAAAAAUUAGGUCUAGUAAUUAAAACUAAUCCUAAGGCUGCUUGUUUUUUAGUUUUAAUGACAACUUUUGAGUAACUAGGCAAAAAAGGAAAGUGGCUACGCUGCAUUUAGGCUUACAGUGAUUCAGAGAUGGCUGGUGCUAAACCACCAGCACAUUGAGGAGUUUGUGGAAGAACUGAUCCAACUGAUGCCUAAAUGCAUUCGUGGUUUCAUCUGAAGAGCAGACAGUGAUAGGAUAAAAAAGCAAAAGAAAGUUUACAUACUCACAGAGAAACAUUUUUGUAUCAGAUUGUGUAUCACGCGAUUGGACUAAUGUUAAUUUGGGGGAUUUGAGUUGUCUUCUGCAUUGGAAAACUGAGACAAAUGGUAAAAAUUCCAGGCAAUAAACAGGCCUAACCUGAAACGUGCUCAUGGCAACGUUAUUUGUUGCCAGAAAUCAUACAUUGCUGAUUUCCUUUACACACAAACGAAACGUGGUAAUACGGCUCAGAGAGCAGAUUUAUAUUGGUUUCUAAUAAAUGCUUAGACUUUUAAAAAGACCUUGCUGAUCACUGUGGGAGAGCAUAACAACACUUGGGAGUGUCUCUGUAAAAAUUAACUUUAAUUACUGUUCCAGGCACUGGAAAUGCUCCUUGCAGGUUUUCUGCUUGCUGACUGUGGAACCAUUCUUAUUGGAUGAGGAUUGAAAAGAUUCAUAGGCUAAGCCAGUGUAACAUCUCACAGGAGAUUAAAACUUGCUGAAGCUAAAUUACACGUUUAAAGUUGGAGUUGAGUGCUCUUUAAAAACGUAUGAAUAGAAUGGAAAAAAAAAAAUGCAGAGCAGAGCAAUUGGUAGAGAAAUGCUCUGCUUUUAAGAAGGAAUGGACAGGUUCGCAUCCCUCUCCUCUUGAAUUAGAGUUUUAAUUGAAAGACCCUUUUCAUGAUGCAAAAACAGAAUUACACCAUGUUUAUUUGAAACUUCAGUUUAGGAUUUUCAUGUAAUUUAAAAACAAAUUGUCUUUAGCCCAUCCUCCCCUUUCUUUAGUGUAAUGUUCUGAGGGAAAUCUCCAAUGGGUUCCAACUCUGUUCUUUUAAUGUAUUAUUCUUCACUGAAAACAUUGACAACAUAUUUUCUCAUUGCUGCUGAAAAUCUCUGCCUGGUGAGCCACAGGAUACCCAACAGCACGCUGCGAUGGCUCUGAACGUGGAAACAAAAGUGUAUUUUAAAUGCAGAUCUCGCCUCCGUAGUUUACAUGUCAAAACAUUAACUUUGCACCUUUUAAAAGAAUGUCACUUUUAUAACUUGAUUAAGCACUGUAUAUAAGAUAACUGUGUUAGUAUAUGUCAAUACUGUAGAGUAACCAUCUAGAAAGAAAAUUAUAAUAAAUGCUUCAUUCCCUUUGGGCCUCUAGGUGGGGAAAGAGGUUUGUGUAGAACUCCCUAUAGGUGGGGAGAGAGGUUUGUGUGCAGGGAGAGGUAGAGGGAGAGGACUGGGGUUGAGAUGGCAGUGACACAGCCGGGUCCCUUAUGGUCACCACAAUGUUUAUGGUGCAAAAAGUGAUUAAAAUCUGAGCUCUGGGUGCCAGGAGGGACCUCAAAGUGAUGGAGGGAUGGAGGGGCUGCUGAGAGCUCUGGCAGUGCGUUGUGUGGGCGCUGUGUGCUUUGUGUAGCAGUGUAUGAGGGGUAGGAGCAGCUUCAGAAGUGCUUGUGGGAAUGGCUGAUACCUCGUUGACAAUAGGCAGGAAUAUGCCCUGAAUUACCAGACAUAAAAACAAACAACCCCAUAACGAAAUGGCUGUGUAUGCCCUGAAUUAUCAGACAAAAAACAAAGAACCCCAUAACGAAAUGGCUGCGUUUGCAGCUGUGUAAUGACUGCAAAUGGUUUCUCAGUGGAUGGAGACCCAGCAGUGGGAUCUGUGGGGCUGAAGCUCUGCCCUGCGCUGUGUCUGUGCUGUCACACACGGAGAAGGGGAAGGAAAAGGGAAUCCCGGCCCUGUGGAACCCUGAGUGAAAUGCUUUUAUUUUUGUAAUAUUUAAUAAUUGCAGAUGCCCGUCUCUUAUUAACAACCGUCUUUGAGCUUUUUAGACAAGUCUGUACAGGUCUGCGGACGUUAAUGUUACACUGUAAAGCUGUAAAUCCGAAUAAAGCUCGUUUUGAAGAAGA